AAACGGGUGCCUUUGCCAAGAACUCCCUGUGCCCUGGAGCUCUGGGCGGCUUUUUUCCUAUUGGCUGGCCAAGUUUCGUUAUUUGGGGAGGUGUAUUUUUUCGAGCUGCUCAGCUGCGAUACACAUCAGUGCCUUUUGGGAGUGAGGUACCUGGAGGUCAGGGACCCAACCGGUAACAAUGACAGCAGAUGAGUUGGUCUUCUUUGUGAAUGGCAAGAAGGUGGUGGAGAAAAAUGCAGAUCCAGAAACAACCCUUUUGGCCUACCUGAGAAGAAAAUUGAGACUGAGCGGGACCAAGCUGGGCUGUGGAGAAGGGGGCUGUGGGGCUUGCACCGUGAUGCUUUCCAAGUAUGACCGUUUCCAGAACAAGAUCGUCCACUUUUCUGCCAAUGCCUGUCUGGCCCCCAUCUGUUCUUUGCAUCAUGUUGCUGUGACGACAGUGGAAGGAAUAGGAAGCACCAAGUCGAGACUGCAUCCUGUGCAGGAGAGAAUCUCCAAAAGCCAUGGCUCCCAGUGUGGGUUCUGCACCCCUGGCAUCGUCAUGAGCAUGUACACGCUGCUUCGGAACCAGCCCGACCCCACCGUUGAGGAGAUCGAGAAUGCCUUCCAAGGAAACCUGUGCCGCUGCACGGGCUAUAGACCCAUCCUCCAGGGCUUCCGGACCUUCGCCAAGGAUGGUGGGUGCUGCGGAGGAAGUGGAAACAACCCCAACUGUUGCAUGAACCAGAAGAAAGACUCCAAAGUCACUCUGUCGCCAUCUUUAUUCAACCCGGAGGAGUUCAUGCCCCUGGAUCCCACCCAGGAGCCCAUCUUCCCCCCGGAGUUGCUGAGGCUGAAAGACGUUCCUCGGAAGCGGCUGCGUUUUGAAGGCGAGCGCGUGACCUGGAUCCAGGCCUCCACCCUGACGGAGCUGCUGGACCUCAAAGCCCAGUACCCCGAGGCCAAGCUGGUGGUGGGGAACACAGAGAUCGGCAUUGAGAUGAAGUUCAAGAAUAAACUGUUUCCUAUGAUCGUCUGCCCGGCCUGGAUCCCUGAGCUGAACGCGGUGGAGCACGGACCGGAGGGUAUCUCCUUUGGAGCCGCUUGCCCCUUGAGCUCUGUGGAAAAGACACUGCAUGAAGCAGUUGACAAGCUUCCUGCCUACAAAACAGAGGUGUUCAAAGGUGUCCUGGAGCAGCUGCGCUGGUUUGCUGGGAUACAGGUCAAGUCCGUGGCGUCCCUUGGAGGGAACAUCAUCACCGCCAGCCCCAUCUCUGACCUCAACCCUGUGUUCAUGGCCAGCGGGGCCAAGCUGACCAUCGUGUCCACAGGCACCAGGAGAACAGUUCAGAUGGACCACACCUUCUUCCCUGGCUACAGAAAGACCCUGCUAGCUCCGGAGGAGGUCCUGCUUUCCAUCGAGAUCCCCUACAGCAGGGAGGGUGAGUAUUUCUCAGCAUUCAAGCAGGCCUCUCGGAGAGAAGAUGACAUAGCCAAGGUGACGUGCGGCAUGAGAGUCCUGUUCGAGCCAGGAACCUCACAGGUGAAGGAGCUGGCCCUUUGCUACGGUGGAAUGGCUGACAGAACUAUCUCUGCCCUCAAGACCACACAGAAGCAGACGGCAAAUUCCUGGAACGAGGAGCUGCUGCAGGCUGUGUGUGCAGGCCUGGCAGAGGAGCUGCACCUGUCUCCUGACGCCCCUGGUGGCAUGGUGGAUUUCCGGCGGACCCUCACCCUCAGCUUCUUCUUCAAGUUCUACCUGACAGUGCUUCAGAAACUGGGCAAAGGGAACGUGGAAAACGUGAGUGUGGGGAAUUGUGCGAAGCUGGACCCCUCCGAUGCCAGUGCCACCUUACUCUUUCAGAAAGACCCUCCAGCCAAUGUCCAGCUCUUCCAAGAGGUGCCUGAGGGUCAGUCUGAGGAGGACAUGGUGGGCCGGCCCCUGCCCCACCUGGCCUCGGCCAUGCAGGCUUCUGGGGAAGCUGUGUACUGUGACGACAUCCCUCGCUAUGAGAAUGAGCUGUCCCUCCGGCUGGUCACCAGCACCAAGGCCCAUGCCAAGAUCACGUCCAUAGAUAUUUCAGAAGCUCAGAAGGUGCCAGGGUUCGUUUGCUUUAUCUCUGCUGAGGAUGUUCCUGGGAGUAAUAAAACGGGAAUUCUUAAUGAUGAAACAGUCUUUGCAAAAGAUGAGGUGACUUGUGUUGGGCACAUCAUUGGCGCUGUGGUCACCGACACCCCAGAACACGCACAGAGAGCCGCUCAAGGGGUGAAAAUCACCUAUGAAGAACUUCCAGCCAUUAUCACAAUCGAGGAUGCUAUAAAAAACAACUCCUAUCAUGGGUCUGAGCUGAAGAUAGGGAAAGGAGACCUCACGCAGGGAUUUUCAGAAGCAGACAAUGUUGUUUCAGGCGAGGUGCACAUUGGUGGCCAAGAUCACUUCUACCUGGAGACUCACUGCACCAUCGCUGUCCCAAAAGGAGAGCAGGGGGAGAUGGAGCUCUUUGUGUCUACACAGAACACCAUGAAGACCCAGAGCUUUGUUGCAAACAUGCUGGGGGUUCCAGCAAACCGGAUUUUGGUCCGAGUGAAGAGAAUUGGGGGAGGCUUUGGAGGAAAGGAGACCCGGAGCACUGUGGUGUCCACGGCAGUGGCCCUGGCUGCAUACAAGACUGGCCGCCCUGUGCGCUGCAUGCUGGAUCGUGAUGAGGACAUGCUGAUAACUGGUGGCAGACAUCCUUUCUUGGCCAAAUAUAAGGUUGGCUUCAUGAAGGAUGGGAAGGUGGUGGCUCUGAAGGUGGAACACUACAGCAAUGCAGGGAACACCAUGGAUCUCUCCCAGAGCAUCAUGGAACGAGCCCUAUUCCACAUGGACAACUGUUACAAAAUCCCCAACAUCCUGGGCACCGGGCGGCUCUGCAAGACCAACCUGUCAUCCAACACAGCCUUCCGGGGCUUUGGGGGGCCCCAGGCGAUGCUCAUUGCCGAGUACUGGAUGAGCGAAGUCGCACUGACCUGCAGGCUGCCUGCAGAGGAAGUGCGGAGAAAAAACCUGUAUAAGGAGGGCGACCUGACACACUUCAACCAGAAGCUUGAGGCGUUCACCUUGUUGAGGUGCUGGGAUGAAUGCCUAGCAAGCUCCCAGUAUCACGCCCGGAGGAGUGAGAUUGACAAGUUCAACGAGGAGAAUUGUUGGAAGAAGAGAGGAUUGUGCAUAAUUCCUACCAAGUUUGGAAUAAGCUUCGGUAUUCCUUUUCUCAACCAGUCAGGAGCGCUGAUUCACGUGUACACAGAUGGCUCCGUGCUGCUGACUCAUGGGGGUAUGGAGAUGGGCCAAGGCCUGCACACCAAGAUGAUCCAGGUGGCCAGCAGAGCUCUGAAAAUCCCCAUCUCUAAGAUUUACAUCAGUGAGACGAGCACUAACACCGUACCGAACACCUCUCCCACGGCCGCCUCCGUCGGCACAGACCUCAACGGGCAGGCCGUCUAUGAAGCUUGUCAGACCAUCCUGAAAAGGCUGGAACCCUUCAAGAAAAAGAAUCCGUCUGGCACCUGGGAAGAAUGGGUCUUAGCUGCCUACCUUGAUGCAGUGAGCUUGUCUGCGACUGGGUUUUAUAAGACACCCAACCUUGGCUACAGCUUUGAGACGAACUCAGGAAAUCCCUUCCACUACUUCUCUUACGGGGUGGCUUGCUCCGAAGUGGAAAUUGACUGCUUAACGGGGGAUCACAAAAACCUCCGCACUGACAUUGUCAUGGAUGUCGGCUCCAGUCUGAACCCUGCCAUUGAUAUUGGACAGGUGGAAGGGGCAUUCGUGCAGGGCCUUGGCCUCUUCACCCUGGAGGAGCUGCACUACUCCCCAGAGGGGAGCCUGCACACCCGUGGCCCCAGCACCUAUAAGAUCCCUGCAUUUGGCAGCAUCCCCACUGAGUUCAGUGUGUCCUUGCUUCGUGACUGCCCCAACAAGAAGGCCAUCUAUGCAUCCAAGGCCGUUGGGGAGCCGCCCCUUUUCCUGUCAGCCUCUAUCUUCUUUGCCAUCAAAGACGCCAUCCGUGCAGCUCGAGCUAAGAACCCAGAUCGUAAGACGGAGCUUUUCCGGCUUGACAGCCCCGCCACCCCAGAGAGGAUUCGCAACGCCUGCGUGGACCAGUUCACCACCCUGUGUGUCACUGGCGUACCGGAAAACUGUAAGCCCUGGUCUGUGAGGGUCUGAAGAGUAAGCCCCCAGCAGAGCCUUCCUAUGCAACCACGGAGUUUCCAUGGGGUGUGGGCCAGGCCCUGCAGAACCUGAGUCUGUACACGUCGUGACCGACGACGCUUGAUGCAUCAGGAUGGUGUUUGGAAGAACACUGACUGUGUUGGCAGGUGUCGAUCAAAAAUAUGCUUUGCAAACUUAAUGAUAAGCCAGUUCAGAACUGUUAGGCACAUGUAACUAAUAAGCAACGAGAAUCUCUUAACGUCUGUUUUAAUCAUGCAUUUAAAAUAGGUUUAAGAAGUAUUUGUGCCAUAGCCUAACUCCCAGGACAGGCUGUCUAACCUCAGGUGCUGACAGGGUCUGCCCUUCAAGGAGAAUGCCCACAAACCUCCAGAAGCUUACAGUCUAAAUCCAUGUGCCUUCCUCGGAAAGCCUCCCCUUCAAGCUGAUGAACGUCAUAUUAUAACCUCAGAUCCAUACUCCAAUUUGCAGUGGGACAGUGGGGUGAGAUUCAAACCUCUACCUACCUUCGGGUCAUUGAAGAGAAUGAACAAUGAAACAAAUUCAAGGUUAAUUGAAUCUGAUCUUGUUAAGUGGCAGGAAGGAAAUUAUUCUAUACCAUCAAAAGCCAACUAACCCAAUUAUUGAGCACCUACAAUGUGCUAGGUUUCUUUCUCUUCCCCUUGGUAUAUUAAAAAAAAAUCCGGGAAAAAUCUUCAUUGGAAGCCAGAGUGAUUACCAUCUGGAAAUCACGCUACCAAAUUCAAGAUCAGCCAGAGAAAUCACUGUCAGGGAGCCUGGGUUCUCAUCCCAGCUGUGUCUCUAUCUGUACGACCUUGGUCUGUCGUUUCUCUUUUCUGUGCUUUAUUUCACUGUAGAAUGAAAGGAUUGGACUGGAAUAAUCUCUAAGGCCUUCUCCAGCUCUAAAAGUCUAUAAAUAUAUGACCUGAAAACUCCAGUUAUAUAAUCUGCAGCUACCAGAGACUUGGCUUCCUUCCUGUGAUGUGCUUUCUGGGCUUAGUGAAUCCUGCUUAGGUUCUCCCAAGUUCCUGAGGUUGGUAAAGAGAACAGGAGAGGGGCAAACAUCCUCUAGUUGCUCCAAAAGGUGAUUUCAUCGCUGUGUGGUGCGGGUGGCUGAUGUGACAUUGUCAUAUGCCUUCACUGCUUCAAACACCCAAAUUUCUGCCAGAUGGGGCCAUGGUUCUGGCCAUGGAAAGAGAAUAGUGGAGGCCAUGCACUUGAUCCUGGUGCUUAAUGCCACUAAUAAAUGAAAUGGUCAGCUGCUUGGCAUGUGAGAAAUACUUAUUAAUCAUCCUACUCUCACCAAAUGCUAAUACCUGCCAUGUCUUAGCCAGACUUCAUUUCUAGAGAACACACACACUACACACUCACGUACACACACACACA